CCACACUUUCUUUGUUCUUACAUACAUUCCUUUCCCACUACAUGUCUACAAACAAUCUACAUGGGACCUACUUAACCGAUCAUCCUAAUGGGCCGCAGAUACCACUCUGUCCGCCGUCUCUACCGCCAACCAAUCCUCCGGGUCCUCUUCGCCCUGUUCCUGCUUUGCGAUACGCUGCAUAUACUCAAUAUAUAUUGGACGCAGGCUGCCGCGCGCCGUUCCCCGCCGCCUCCCCGCAAUACGCGGCGCAUCUACAUCGCCGCACAGCAUUGGAACACCGCGAGGGUACUCCGGGAACGCUGGAACAAUUCCCUCGUAGCAUUGAUCAAGGAGCUUGGGAUCGAGAAUGUAUACGUCUCCAUAUACGAGAGCGGGAGCUAUGAUGAUACAAAGGACGUCUUGAGAGAAUUGGAUGCGACGCUGGGCGAAUUGCAGGUCAAGCGGACUAUCUCGCUCUCGGACGUUUCGCACAAAGACGAGAUCACGAAGCAGCCGGGGGACCAUGGUUGGAUUAAGAUUCCUUCGGGCGACAUUGCGCUGAGACGCAUACCUUUCCUAGCGAACCUGCGGAAUCAGGUCUUACAGCCGCUUGAGACGUUGUCUUCGCAGGGUCAUCUAUACGACACCGUAUUGUUCCUCAACGACGUUGUCUUCACGCCGCAGGAUGUACUCCGGCUGCUCGACACGAACGGCGGCUCAUACGGCGCGGCGUGCUCUCUAGACUUCUCAAACCCACCGUACUUCUACGACACCUUUGCGUUGCGCGAUUCGAACGGCCACGAGGCGGUGAUGCAGACAUGGCCCUAUUUUAGGUCUUACACCUCAAGAUACGCCGCGGAACGCCUUCUACCGGUCCCCGUCGCGUCGUGCUGGAACGGCAUGGUGGCCAUGCGCUCCGAACCCUUCCUAACCCCCUCCCCGCUCCGCUUCCGCGGCAUCCCCGAUUCCCUCGGCUCGUACCACCUAGAGGGCUCCGAAUGCUGCCUGAUACAUGCCGACAAUCCGCAAUCCGCCACGCGGGGCGUCUUCCUAAACCCCAUGGUGCAAGUAGGCUACAACGGCACCGCGUACGACGUCGUGCACUCGAAAUCCGCAGAAAUAUCCGCCUUCGGAAUCUACACUGCUAUCUGGGAGAACCGCAUACGCCGCUGGACGACGUCGCCCCUGUUCAAGGAGUCGGUGGUGCAUAGCAGAGUGAAGAAGUGGAGGAAGAAGGAUCCGGCGAGGGAAGAACGCGGCGAGUUCUGCUUGGUUAACGAGAUGCACGUCCUCCACGAGAAUGGCUGGCGGCACGUGUGAAGGGCGGGUGCGGACGCGAAAUGAGUCGAAUCCAACUCGGCGCUCCUAACUGCGCUCGCCCGCCGGAGGAACAAACCCGCAGCAUCACCCGGCUCUGCUAUCAGGUCGGAACGAACUAUUGGCACAAUCCCCGCCCGCUACGGAGACCGCGACCAGCGUUACACCCUCGUCGCAGAAGUCCCAAACCACUAGAUCGGCUAAAGCCCUGGGAACGAAGCUAGAGAGCUAGACACGAAGACGAAAACGGGUAGAAGAGGGAUAGCUUGCUGAAGGAAACUCAAGUCGGCGCAAGGCGCGCCUGACUCC